UCAUGGAUACACGUAUAGCUCUGUGUGAGCAUCCACGUUCACAACACAGAGCAGACAUGUGUUUUUUCAGGAUGGGAUGGCAUCAGAGGUUCACCAUGUUGUGUUUGAUGUUUGUCUGGAUUUCAGCAGCAUCAUUUAUCUCUUCCGUCAAGGCCAUCACCGUGUUCGAAGGGGCACUCGUUCUUUUCCCAGUGGAUACAACCACUGGACAGGACUUCAGUGUAAUUCAGUGGAGAUUCAGUCAGACCAGCCGACUGCUAGCCAUGCUAACCAUCUCAGGAGGGAAUAAGACAUUCGACAGCAGAUUCCAGAUCACAGGGAAUGGGUCCUUAGUACUUGAAGAUGCCCAAUCUCAGGAUGCAGGAGAUUACAUCUGUGACAUCAUCCUUUUGAAUGGAACUAUUCAAAGGAAUACAGUGAACCUGCAAGUUCAGCCGAACAAUAUCACUCAGGGCCCAGAUGCUAAGGAGGGUAACUCCGUCUGGACAGUCGUCAUCAUCAUAACAUGCUCAGCAGCUGUGGUCUUCCUUGUGGGCAUAACAGCAGGAAUUAUCUACAGAUGCAGAAAGACUGAUGAAGCCAUUUAUGUUAACACAGUCUACAAAAAGGACAAGAGGUCAACGUUGCCAUGACCACCGACGGCAAGACUCUUCCAGAGUUGCCACUGGGCUGAAAAUUUGAGAGUAGUUAUGUAGCCUAACUGCAGGAAGGCAGUUGCUAAAUUACAACUUUUGGAAACAGUUUCUGAAACAUUGGUGCUGUUGCCUCAGUCCGUUUCCGGGACUUAAUCUGAGAGACUGGGAGCAUGCAUGAAUUGGAUGGAUUUCGACUUGUGCUUGAGCUCUUAAUCAACCUAAUAUUGCCAUAUUGAUAAUCUUGCACCAAAAGGAGCAUUCUGGACAUUUUUCGAUCUUUUGGAAAAAAAAGUUGCCAACAGCUAGGCCUACAGCAGCCGCAGGCAGCUGUGCUACACUCUAGCUUGAAUGCAAGGAUCACAGAAUAUAAACCUACAGUAUAAACUGCAGAGGCCUGCUCAGGUCUGUUCAGACACUCAGCCAUUGGUCAAAUCAUUCGCUCAGUAAAGCUAUCCAGUCAGUGGAACACUAUUCCUGUUAGAGAAAGGUGUUAUAUUUAAUGUUUGUCUCGUGCCAUCUACUAUGUAUUUUGAUGUACAGUGCUGUGAAAAAGUUUUUGCCCCCUUUCUGAUUUCCUCUAUUUUGCAUAUUUGUUACACUAACAUGUUUCAGAUAGUGAAACUAAUUUUAAUAUUAGACUAAGAUAACCUGAGUAAACACAAAAUGCCGUUUUUAAAUGACGAUUUUUAUCAGGAUUUGUUUGUGCCACCUUAGUGGCCAUUCUCUGUAUUACUUUGUGUUUGUGUUUCCCGCCUUUGUGCCAUGUUCUUAUGCUGUGUUCGAGUGCAAUGGGACGUGGGACUUAUCCUACCUGAAGUGUAUAGCUCCUACUUUAAAGCGUUCCAGGUAAUUGAAGUGGAAUGUACACAGAAAGCAUGGACGCACUGGGUAACAUUGGUUGACACAUAGCGGUCUUCUAAGUAAAACAUGUUCACCAACUGUUCUGGAGCCGUAAAAGUCGUAACACAAAAGAUCCGUAAAUUGCGUUGAGUGUUGCUGGUGAAAUACUGUAGGUUCUCCAUAGACUCUCUCAUUAUAUUGUGCUUUUUAUUAGGGACAACCUGAACCUGAACACGGGACACUACAGGUGAAUAGGGGAACAUUUUAAACUUAAAGAUAUCUUCAUGAAACUUUACCAGUUGAAUACUCACAUAAAUAGGAGAAAAAAAUGUAUUGCAAGUUUUCUUUAAUCUAAUGUUUAAAUAUGCUAAUUAGGCUAUAUCUCAUUAAAUAUGCGCUAAUUUGCAUAUAUUUUGAUGCGAAGGAUCUGACCAUUGGAAAAAGCCAGGUUGAAAAUUAUUUUUUUGUUGUGUUAAUAUAUCAAAUAAAUUAUUUAUGAAUAUCUUCUUUUGUUUUCCAGAAAAUCAGAAAAUACUGCCAAUUGGCUUAAAAAAUGGAUUUUCGCCCUAUUUUUAGGCAUAAGAAGUCAUAUAAAUCAGGUCAAGAAUGCUAUAUCAACAAAUCCCUCUGUAAAUAUCUUCCAAAUAUAGUUAGGAAUAAGACAGGAAAGUUUGGUGUAUGUAGGUGCUGCAGAAGUGGAGAUGCUUUGCAUGGCGUGUGGGGAAAAACUCGUUUUGAGAAAACAGCCUUGAAACACAGCCAAUGAAAUGCGUUCUCAGCUUAGACUCGUCUUUGAACUUUCGCGAUUGGUUCCUAAUACAAAGGAAAUGCCCAUAUUUGGAUCGCAUAGCGUCUUGUAGGAGAAACAGGGCUUUCCAACGGUGUCAAACACGAUAUGAUUUGGAUCACGGUCACGGUAGUACAUGACACUUUAGAAUGGGAACUUUUGGUAAAAUUAGGAUAAAUAUAUAGGCGCGAGUAGACAAAAUGUCAUGAAAUAAACACUUAAAUGUGCAAAUCGGACUUUGUUGUUGUAGUAGGGUGGUAGAGUACAUGCUAAGGUAGCAAACUAGCACAAAAUCUCGAAAUUGACUGAUGCUAAAAAAACGAUGUUUUCACCUGUAGUGUCUCGCCUUAAUGACUUGGCAUGACUGGUAAAGGUUGGUAUUAGACAGAGCUUGUGUAAGGCAGAGAAGGCAGAGAGGUGUGAAUCUGUAAACUUAGACAGAUGUGUUAGAGGACAUAGUCUACUGCCAGUAUCCAAAUGAAAAACAAAGGUUUUGCUCUGCUAUUGAUCCUUCAAAUAGACUCUCAGAAGCACGCAAAGAUUGAACUGUUUUUGUUUGUUUAGUCUUUGUAUGUUCAUCUAGCUACUUUUUCUGUUCUACGUUUUCGAGAAUUACGGGUUUUCUAGGCUACUUAUUCUAUCAUGUAAUAAAACCCUCAACAGGACAUUGUCCUCUACUGCUACGACUACAGCUCAUCAGUUUACAAGGAUGGUGACUUCUACGGUAUUCUAAUUUGUAAACAACAGCCUCACAUGCCACCACACGCUGUCGCUGUGGUUACUUCCUAUAUGACCCCUCAGCCUCCACUGCGUCAAGCACACGGCCCACACUUAAAGUAGAUUUCAGAGUGUGUAAGCCUUUGGGAUUUCACUC